CGGUCCUGAGGGCGGUGGAAGGGGUGGCCGGGUCUCCACAGGGGGUUGCCAUGGAGACAGGGGGCUGACGGCGUCCUGGCGAGGGCCGUGAUUGGUGCAGAGCCCUGCUAAUCCCCGGAAGCCCCGUAGAGAAUUCAGGGAGACUUGGUGGCGGCAUGAGCGGCUGGGAAGGCGGUGCGGCCGCCCGUUGCCCCCUGAGAAGCUUGCUCGCAUCGACGGGCGCCUGGACGCCUGGCUUUGAGGCUGGGAGCGCGGGAAGACGCGGCCCGGAGUGUGACCCGAUCUUUGCGAACAACGCUGCCCCGGGGCACAGCGGGAGGAGGGUGGAAACUGAGGCGAGGGUGGGGGACGGGCAAGGCGGCGCUUCCGGCUGGUGCGUGGAGCGUUCUGGGAGACAUAGUCCGGCCGGGGAGGGAAGGUCGGCGAGUGCGCAUGCUCAGGAGCGCGGAGCGGCCCGCUGAGCGCGGAGGUCUCGGGAUUCAACAGCACAGCAUCCAGUAGGCUCUCAAUAAGCAUUUGUCACCACUGUCCUCAUCGCAGCAGCCUCAUCCCAUUCCUCCCCCAGGGGGAGACACUGGCCUCAGAGCUCCAGCCUGGUCUUUCCAAUGAGGCCCACAGCUCUGGGCUCCCCGGGCCACGCACCCCCAGAAGAUGAGGGGCCCAUCACAGUGAAGCUGGAGGAGUCUGAGGAGGAGGGUGAAGCCGCCCCAUGGGAUCCCGGCCCAGAGGCUGCACGACAGCGUUUCCGGCACUUCCACUAUGAGGAGGCAGUGGGUCCCCGCGAGGCGCUGGCCCGGCUCCGUGAACUCUGCCGCCAGUGGCUGCGGCCCGAGGUGCACUCCAAGGAGCAGAUGCUGGAGCUGCUGGUGCUGGAGCAGUUCCUGGGCGCGCUGCCCCCCGAGAUCCAGGCCCGCGUGCGGGGACAGCAGCCAGGUAGCCCUGAGGAGGCCGCUGCCCUGGUCGAGGGCCUGCGCCGGGAGCCAGGAGGGCCCCGGAGAUGGGUCACAGUCCAGGUGCAAGGCCAGGAGGUGCUAUCAGAGAAGAUGGAGCCCUCCGACUUCCAGCCCCUCCCUCAAAUCACACCUCGGACUCCAGAACCUGGACUUGAGAUGCCCCGUGGGGCCACACAGGAGUCGUCACUGGGCCUAUGGGUGAAAGAGGAGCCUGGGGUUACAGAGGAUCCAGGUGAGGAGCUUCUGGACUCUGGGCCUCUAACCAACCCCCAGGAGGCCACUUCCACUGUCCUACCUGAGGAGGCCCAGGGCUGUGGCGUGGCGCUGGGCCAGGCCUCUCCCCAUAGUGAGACUGGGCCUGAGGGGUCCUCAUGGACGGAGCACCCUGAGGCCCUGUGGCAGGAGGAAGCUGGGAGCAUCUUCUCCCCGGUUUCAGGUCGCUGUAGUUCGCGCCGUUUCUGCAGGGCUGGAGUGGCUCUGGGCACAAGUGGGUUCUCUGUCAUGAAUGAGUGGAUCCCCUUCUGCAAUGCAGGGUUUACACUCCAGAUGGACAGCAUCUCUGCUGGCCCAGACACUGUGAGCCCCCACAUCCACCUCCCCUGGGACCUCGGCGUGGCCAGCCUCACGGGCCGACUCGAGUCACCCUCCCUCGAAGGUGGCUUCUCACACGCGCUGGUGCUCUCCAGCGACCCGGGAAGUGAGCAGGACCCCACGUACGAUCCCCGCCAGGGCGUGGGCCCCGGGCUGGCCGCCGCUCGCUGGCGUGCCCCCAGGGGCCGGAGCCGGGGUCGAGGUCGCCCCAGCACAGGCGCCGGAGCCGUGCGAGGUGGCCGCUGCGACGUGUGCGGGAAGGUGUUCAGCCAACGCAGCAACCUGCUGAGGCACCAGAAGAUACACACGGGAGAGCGGCCGUUCGUGUGCGGCGAAUGCGGCCGCAGCUUCAGCCGCAGCUCGCACCUGCUGCGCCAUCAGCUCACGCACACCGAGGAGCGGCCGUUCGUGUGCGGCGACUGCGGCCAAGGCUUCGUACGCAGCGCGCGCCUGGAGGAGCACCGGCGCGUGCACACGGGCGAGCAGCCCUUCCGCUGCGCCGAGUGCGGCCAGAGCUUCCGGCAGCGCUCCAACCUGCUGCAGCACCAGCGUAUCCACGGCGACCCCCCGGGCCCCGGCGCGGCACCCCCGGCGCCUCCUGGCGCGCCGGAGCCCCCAGGCCCCUUCCCGUGCAGCGAGUGCCGCGAGAGCUUCGCACGGCGCGCCGUGCUGCUGGAGCACCAGGCGGUGCACACAGGCGACAAGUCUUUCGGCUGCGUGGAGUGCGGCGAGCGCUUCGGCCGCCGUUCGGUGUUGCUGCAGCACCGGCGCGUGCACAGCGGCGAGCGGCCCUUCGCCUGCGCUGAGUGCGGCCAGAGCUUCCGGCAGCGCUCCAACCUCACGCAGCACCGGCGCAUCCACACGGGCGAGCGGCCCUUCGCCUGCGCGGAGUGCGGCAAGGCCUUCCGCCAGCGGCCCACGCUCACGCAGCACCUGCGCGUGCACACGGGGGAAAAGCCCUUCGCCUGCCCUGAGUGCGGCCAGCGCUUCAGCCAGCGCCUGAAGCUCACUCGCCAUCAGCGGACGCACACCGGCGAGAAGCCCUACCACUGCAGCGAGUGUGGCCUGGGCUUCACGCAAGUCUCGCGGCUCACCGAGCACCAGCGCAUCCACACAGGCGAGCGGCCCUUCGCCUGCCCGGAGUGCGGCCAGAGCUUCCGGCAGCACGCCAACCUCACGCAGCACCGGCGCAUCCACACGGGCGAGCGGCCGUACGCAUGCCCCGAGUGCGGCAAAGCCUUCCGCCAGCGGCCCACGCUCACGCAGCACCUGCGCACCCACCGGCGCGAGAAGCCCUUUGCCUGCCAGGACUGUGGCCGCUGCUUCCACCAGAGCACCAAGCUCAUCCAGCAUCAGCGCGUCCACAGUGCAGAGUAGCCAGUGCGCGCUGCACCCCCUCUCAGCCCUCACCUCGUUCCUCCGUGCGGGGGGGGGGGGGGGGGGGCUGCAGAACACCUACCUCGCGGGGAUGCUGUGAGGCCUGUGAUCACGUGGGUACAAGCCAGCCCUCUUAGGGCCCGGUGCCCAGUAGGUGCUCAAUAAACAGUACACGGAACC